AUGGAACUGGCACAAGAAGCAACCAAAGUGGAUUCGCAUCUCAGCGAGCAGUUAAGGGAACUGGGUUUUGACUCGAUUAUAUUGGCUCCCUGCAAUUCCAUGGACAGCUGUCUACCUAAAGUUCAAACCUCACUGAACAAUGGCCAGCCGAUUGAGCAAGAUUCGCACCAAGACCACAGCUCAACACGGCCUUGGCCAAAGCCUCGGUCUUUACCAUUGAAGCCUGGCGAUGCCCGUGAAAAUCGAGGUGUCGUUCAUCCAGACUGGGAAGACUCUCUAUUGGGUCAAAGCGAAUCCCUUUUAGCUGGGCAUUAUAGACCCCACUUUCCCCUCAACAAGGUACAGUCACAGCAAGCAGCCAUACCGACGCUAGGGCCAAAUCAGCUUGAAACAGUGACUUUGGAUGAAUACCAGGGGCAUGCUUCUGAGCAGCCUCUGUCUGAACAACCAACGAAUAUCAUGUCAGUGUCAUCGCAGUUCAUGACCAGAUCUCCUCCGGCGAACAACAUCGAACAAUCUCUGGACAAGUCGAGCGAGCUAGAGGAUGAGGAAGAUUCAUGGCCGACAGAAGCUUACGAAUGGUGGAACUAA